GACCUAAAAAGGCGAAGCAGAAUACCACUCGUGCUAUGGGCGCUAAAAAUAAACUCCCCAAACCGCUCAGGGAUAAGGUUGCAUUUGGGCCCUCCCUCUGUGGCCUAUGCUUUCUGAACAGCACCCAAGAACAAUCUAAUGUGCAACGUAGGGUUUGGAUAACUGAUUUAGUGGCUGCUCUCCAUUUUUUUUUUUACCCCUUUGGUGCAUGUACCAGUGGCUCAGAAGGGUCUGGGCCCCAAGAAGGUUUUACGGUUUUACAUAUUUUUGAAAUUAAUUGGAUCACUCGACAUGACAGGCUUCAACGUCUGAGGCCUUACAAGAGGUCCGGGUCUUGGCAGGAACACUACUUUCUCAUUGGGACGCUAAUAGAAGAGACAGUUCUCACUUUCCUUUGGAAAACUACUUCUGAUUACCUCUUAAGAUUAGGAUUUCACCAUAUCACGGCAGAUAUGGAAGCACGGACCUCUACCACCACCACCACUGUCCUUGAGAGCAAAGGAGGUGAGUCAAGUGCUCCAGCUACACGAGUGUCCAAACGCACCAUGAUGGAUGAUCUCUACACCACCUUCAGCUCCCCCGUGGCCUGGGUACUGGUCCUGGCCCUCAUCAUUACCUGGUCUGCAGUUGCCAUCAUUGUUUUUGACCUUGUGGACACUAAGAGCCUGGAAGCCCAUACAUUAUACUGUGACGACCCCUGUUUGCCACCUGGACCUCAGGCGGCGCGUGCCAGGAAAGCCUUCAAGGAGGCAGGCGGCCUUAGAGGAGGUAUUCAGCACAUGAGCAGAGAACCUAUGAAGGCAGUGCAUGGAGCCAUGGAUGAAUCCAACAGCUGGAUGAAUGCGAUCUUGACCUUUAUGACUAAUUUGGUAACACCGGAGGAGGAGGAAGAAGAAGUGGAAUGGCAAGCAGUGAAGAAGAAAGGAGAAUUCCUACCAACAAGAAAAAAAGUUGCAGCGCUGCAGGCAAAAGAAAUCAUUCAGAAGGAGGAAGACGAGAAGAAGCUGAAGGAAGAGGAGGAUGAAGAACAGGAGGAGGAAGAUGAGGAACCUUCUGCAGUGAAGGAGACAGGGGAGAAAAGAGAAAAGGAUGAAGAUGAAGAAGAUGAGGAAGACGAGGAGGCUGAUGCAAAGGCUGACAGAGUUGAGGAUGAGCAUCAAGUCAAGGCAGAAAAAGAGAAAGAAGAGAAAAAAGCAAAGCCUACCAAAAAGCCUGAGGUAGACGCAAAAGAAAAGAAGAAGAAAAAUGAAGAAAAAGAGGUAGAUGAGGAUGAGGAAGAAAAGCUAAAGCCUGAAGCAGGUGUAGAAAGGAAGGAAAAGAAAGAAAAGGAGAAAGCGGAGAAGGAAAAGAAAGAAAAGGAGAAAGCGGAGAAGGAAAAGAAAGAAAAGGAGAAAGGGGAGAAGGAAAAGAAAGAAAAGGUGAAAGGGGGGAAGGAAAAGAAAGAAAAGGAGAAAGAGGAGAAGGAAAAGAAAGAAAAAGAGGCAGAGGAGGGGGAGGAAAAGCCUGAAAUAGAUGCAGUGAAAAAGGAAAAGAAAGAAAAGAUGAAAGGGGACAAGGAAAAGAAAGAAAAGGAGAAGGAGAAGAAAGAAAAAGAGGCAGAGGUGGAGAAGGAAGAGGAAAAGCCUGAUGUAGUUGCAGUGAAGAAGGAAAAGAAAGAAAAGGAGAAAGAGGAGAAGGAGAAGAAAGAAAAAGAGGUAGACAUGGAGGUAAAGGAGGAGGAGGAAAAGCCUGAUAUAGUUGCAGUGAAGAAGAAACAGAAAGAGGGAGCCGACAAAACAAAAGAGGAAAAAACGGCUGCUUUUAAGGAAGAUGCUGAAGAACAGAGAGCAGCAGCAGACCAAACAGACGCAGCAACAGAAAUAGAUGCUGAUGAAGAUGUUGGAGAGGAGGAUAAGGACGCUGACAAGAUCUCUGAAUUUGAAGAAGAGAAAAAAGCAGCAACAGAGCCUGUUGAUGUGGCAACAAAACAAGAAGCAGCAGAACCUGCUGAUGAAGAUGAAGAAGAAAAAGAGGCAGGCAAGGAAGAGGAAGUCGUCACUGAUGAUGUUGCUACCUCUGAAGAAAGUAAAGAUGAUAGUGAUGAUGAUGAAGAAGAAGAAGCACUUACAGUUCCAACAGCUGACAAAAAAGAUGAUGGGGAUGAAAAACCUGCUAAAGUCAUUGAUGACAAAAUAGCUCAUGAAAAAGAUGAGAAACAUGAGGAAGAUCUCAAAGACACAGCUAAAGUGGACACUGCAGAAGAGAGCGAUGACGACCAAAAAGACAAAGAUGACCAAAUUGAAGACGAGGUGGAGGAAGAUGCUCUGAAGGCUGAGCAGGAAACCAGAGAUGAUACAACACUCAUUGCUUCUGCAACACUACAAACUGACACCAAAAAACUAGAGGACGAGGCAGUGAAGGAGGCUGAAGUGGAAAAAAAGGAGGAUGUAAAAGCUGACGAUGAGGAAACAUCAAAACCAGUGACUAAAGAUGAACCCAAAACGGAGGCACGAGAGGAAAAAGAAGAAGAAACCGAAAGACUAAAAAAGGCAGAAGCUGAGAAAGAAGAUAAACAAAAAGAAUCCACAACCUGUGUGUGUAUGCAGCCGGAACAACCCAUAGUGCCUCAAAUACAAGAUAAGCCCGAGGAGGAAAAAGAGGAAGUAAAAAAGGAGCCAGAACAAAAAACUGAUCAAGCUGUGAAGCAGAUGGUGGAUUCUGAGUUACCGCAAAAAAAAGAAAGUGUUGACGUCGUGGUCCCACUGCAGGAUCUCCCAGCAUGUCGCCCAACACCGGUGUACUGCCCAGCUCCGCCCGGCUGGUACGUGCAUCACAUAGUCACAGAUAGUCCAUUACCACCGACGCCUGUGCGAGAGGCUCAAUUUGCUGCAAUAGCAACUCAUGCAGUCACGCUUCAAAGACAAGAUGCUGACCAAGAGAAACCGAAGCAAGCAAGAAAAAAGAAAGAGCCUCCUGUUAAGAAGAGAAAAGUAAUGCCUACGAAGAAAGCUACUGUCUCAAAAGUAUUGAAAACAAAGGCACCUGAGGAGAAAGUAAAAAUUCAGAAAAGGAAAGGUCGUGUGACUCCCAGAGAGAAGCUCAGACUGAUCCCCCAUAGGCGAGAAGUCCCAAAGCUGACCAAACCCAUCAGAUCAGCCGGACCUGUAAAAAGGAAGGCCAAAGUUGUGGAGAAAGGAAAAGAAGAGAGGAAAGGAGUCAAGGAUGUGAAGCCUACAGUUGACGAAAAAACCAAAAGCAAGCCAACGAAAGCAAAACGAGCUGCACUUCCAGCAAAAGUGGCUAGAAUCAUGGCUGUAAAAGGUAAAAAAGACAGAAGAGCUGCCAAACCAGGUCACAAGGAGAUAAAAUCUACCAUCAAAUCAACUCCAGAAGAAACAGAAGUUACCAACAAACCUGCUCCAGAAGAGAAAGGAGCUGAUUCAGAAGAAAAAACAGCUGGUCCACCCGCACCAACAAAAGAAUCCAAAGUUGAAGAAAAUAUUACAGAAGGGAAGAAGCCAGGCAAGAUCCCAUACUUCCAGUGUGUGCUAGUGGGUGGAAAAGCCAGCCAAUAUCCAUUACGUCCAUUAUCUCCUGCUACGACUCCUGCUAUUAACCCGGCCAUGAUGAGAGCCAUGAUGGAGCAGAGAGCCAGCGUGCUAGAGCAGAAAGCCCGGCCAGCAGGGCAGUAACUCAGAAAAGCAGAAUUUUGUGAAAUUCUAAGUUGAUGCUGAUGCUCUCACACUGCUGCUAGUCUCUUUAUCAAACUCUGAUGUAAGACUAAACACCUGAGAGACUUUUUUUUUCUUCUUUUAAUUCUUGUCUUAUGGGUUUUAAAGCCAAUAAACUAUUCCUUUAUAAAUGGCCAUAACAGUUAAUCCAUGGACAUCGGUAAAGAAAUGAUUAAUGACAAAGCCGGUGCAGUGUUUACAUGACAGUAUAGUACACGAAAACACUCAUGCACUUAGAAUUACACGACAUGUCAUAUACAUAUUUCAUAUAAUGUUUAACGGUAAUAUUUUUCAGUAACAUUCAGGGCUGAGUUCCCAGAAAGCAUCACAACUGAAUGGUAGAGCGAGCAUCACGACGAACUCUCGUUUAAUCGACCAGUUAAAAUGAUCUUAAAUUUACAAUGCUUUUGGGAAACUGCCUCCAGAUCUGUUUACAUUUGAAGAAACCUCGUUUGAAGAGUCAACAUCAGACUCUAUUAGAGAGGAUUACAUUUAGACUUGAAAAUGUACAACUCAACUAUAUGCUCUAUGAAUAUUUAUUUACUUAUUUACCUAGGCAUUUACAGUAAUGCAUUAGAGAGGCAUAAUAAAUGUGUUAUUGCUUUGCCUGAUAUCCCCAUAUCUGUAUAAAGUGGAGAUUUUAUCUCUUGCCACAGGCCGUUUCCUUUAUGUCACUGUAAUAUGAUCAGGUAAAGAGUUCCUGUAACAUUUAUCACACUUCACAAUAUUACCGGAGAUAAUAUUUAUGAAAAUAAAUAUAGGCCAGACGAAAUCCUGAGUAAAAUCAGUUGGGUUUUAGCCUGGUUAAAGGUCUUCAGUAGUUCUUCAGAUAUUCUUCAGUUAUUCAUCUUAAUACAUAUUGCGCAAUAACUACAGUAAAUUAAUCAGUAAAGUACUGUAAAUUAAACUAUGUUCAAAGUAAUAGCAAAACUGCGUAGUAACAAGAGUGAAGAUUAUAAGUCCGAUUGAGUCUAAAGAACAUGUAGAGGAUAUACAGAAUGUGCCUGUGUUAAACAUAUAUUGUAUUUUAUUUGUUGAUAAUUUGGUAACGCUUCCUACGUGAAGCCAUUUAUGUGUUACAUAGCAUCCGUGACAUUCGUUAUGGAUGUAUACUUAGCAGAUGAUGCAGUCUGACUGCUCGUCUUCUCUGCAGUCACGUGGGAUCGUCACGUGGUAACGCGGUGCAGUAAUGUGAGCAUUUUCAAAACGUGGAAAGUCUCUGUAUUCGCAGUAUCUUAAAGCAUUUACAGUGUAAUACUAUCCGCAUUUUGAAAAUACCUGUGCUACUGUAGCAUGUUAGCGUGCGACGUGACUCGGAAGCCCAUUUUUGUUUGUGGACAAGAAAAGACGUUUCAUGAGUCUAAUCACAUGUUGUUAAAAACACAAACCUUACGUAUGAAGUGGUCAAUAUGUAAAGAAAAAGACACAAAAUUAUUUAUUAAAUAUCAAUCAUAUUCAAAUAGCAUAUCGGUAUAGG